AUGUGCGACACGGAACUUAAUAACAGCCACAUAGCUCGAAUGAUGUCACUCCCUGACGCCAUUAAAUUCACAGAAAUUGAACGAUACAUAAAGGCAGCGUUCGGGAAAGGCUCCAAGAGGGGCUUGGUUUAUUGUAAAGGUCCUCUAUCGACUACAUUUACUUCUCCAACAUUACUUACUGCUCCAUCUUAUGCAAAUCAAGUGGAUAAUCCUGAAGCGGUGGAUGAAUCAUGGAAUUAG